AUGCGCGACGCGUACGGGCCGUACAUGGAGGACCACCGCGCCGAACUGUCGGAAAGUGACCGCGAGCGCUUCGGCCGCCAACGCGCCAAGGCGGAGGAAAUUUGCACCUUUCUGGAAGUCCCCAUCGCGGGUGAAGAUGACCCGCGUUUGGUCCCGCUGCUCGAGCUGAUGCACGAGUUCUCCGAGUUGGGCGAGCCACCGGCGAAUCUUGCCGAUUACGCCCCAAAGCGCACUGAGGCGAGCGCAGAAGAAUAG